AUGGAAGAAAUGGAUCAACUUAUUAGUAGAUACUCUCUGACAGAGUUCCUUCCAGCAGUAAAUCAGUUGAAACUUCAGUACUCUAUGAUUCAAGAGCAGAUCGAGCUUUACCGUAAUCAGCUCCAGCGAUACAAAGGCACUGAUCAACAGUUUAUCGUUGGCAGGAAAAGAGAACAACUCGCAGAUAUGAUACACGAGGAAGAAAUGGUAAUCGAAAAUGAAAUCACGUCGUUUCAGAAUACAAUAAGCACAUAUCAGUCUAAGCUGGAAUCAUUGCAGCAGGAGGAAAAGCUCCUCUUAAAAGAGUUGGAGGACAUGCAAUCUGUGGUUCUGCAGUAUCGGGAACUCCAAGAGCAUAACACCCAGCUUGAGAGUUUGAUUACUGAAGAAAGAGCGGAGCUCGACCGGCUGAAGAAAUCAGUGGCAGAUGGACUUUUAGAAGACGAAGAAAAUGAACUCUCUAUAAAGCGCCGCGAAUUAGAUCAGAGCGAGCAAGAGGAAGCUGCCUUGCUAGUCGAAUUAGAAUCAUUGCUUAAAGGAAUGGAGUCGUCUCUCUCCCUGAGCGUCUCUACCCAUGGAAGUGAGAGCUUGGACCUCGAGCAAACAGAGAAGAAGAUUGAUCAUCGACAGGAGAUCUUACAUCAUCUUUGUAAAUGUUUCGUGAGAGAAGGAAAAGCAGGUGUCAACGAAGCGGCUUGUGCUCUUGACAUCAUCUUCUCUCAUGAGAAUUCAGUAUCUCUAAGCACACUAAAGAGCGAAAUGAGGUCAGUCAUUUCAGAUAAGGGGAAGACAAUUUACGGUCUUGUUGGCGAUCAAAUCAUUAUGAUCGAUAGAAAGACUAAAGAUCCCUGUGUGUCUUGCUUAUUAUAG